GGUUUUUACUUUUUGGUUUGUAUUUGAAAUUUGAAUUUUAGCAACUCCAAGUUUCAACCAGAAAAAUAGAUACUUUAUAAAUCUGGAGUGAAUCUAUCUCUACUAUUGUAAUACUAAGUAUUUGCUGAGUGAUUUUAAAUGGCAGCAAGACAGAGAAAUUUGCCAAAUAUACUAAUAACUGGCACUCCAGGCGUAGGCAAAUCAACGAUUUCUAAAAUACUAUCCGAAAGAACUAAGUUUCCAUGGAGAGAAGUAUCAAAACUUGCAGAAGAAUACAAUUGUUUAGAUGAGUAUGAUCCUGAAUACCAGUGCCCUUUUUUGAAUGAAGAUAAGUUACUGGACAUUAUGGAAGGUAUGAUGGUGAAGGGAGGCAACAUUGUUGACUAUCAUGGCUGCGAGUUCUUCCCCGAGAGGUGGUUUGAUGGUGUCUUUGUCAUAAGAACUAAUAACACCACUUUAUAUGACAGAUUGUCUGCCAGAGGCUACACAGGAAAGAAAUUAGAGGACAACAUACAAUGUGAAAUAUUUGAGACAUUACUGGAGGAGGCACAGUCAUCAUACAAGCCGGAGAUAGUCCAGGAGCUGCAGAACAACACUGAAGAUCAGUUGCACACUAAUGUUGAAACUAUUGUACAGUGGAUAGAGAGGUGGAAGGAAAAUAAUAUAUAGAUUUUUAAAUUAA